UCCACCAAUGAUUGGGUAGCGGAGGCGGGCAUUCGGCGGACGGGCACUCGGCGGGCGGGCAUGCCAAGCGCUGCUAUGGUCUUGGUCUCAGACUUCAAGACUUUUUCAUUUCUCCUAACGGUGACAACAUGGAUAUUGGAUAAGGAAUAGGAGGUCUAUCAGGCAGCAGAGAAGCCCAAUGAGUUGAUUGAAAUGAAGAACAAGAUGGUUGAGGAUUUCAUUCGUAUUAUUUAAGCAAUUCCUGAAAUCAUUGUUGCCUUUAACUAUCUACUAAAAUGGCUCAAAGGCAUUACCAUCUUUACUUAAUUUUGUUGUGCACUGGUCAGUUCAGUGUUGUUGAUGGUACAAAGCUACUUCCCAGUGUAAAUCAGCAACACUUUGUAAAUAUUCUGCAGUCUGGAAAACCUUCUUUGAUAUACUUCAAAAGAAUAACAAACCCAUCAGUCAGCCUUUUCCUUCAACAGUUAGAACUGUCAUCAGAAUCACUUGAGGAGUAUGGCAUUACAGUGGCUCAGGUCGACUGCACCAUAGAAAACGUGCCUAAAUAUUGUGAAAAUAACCUUGUCCUGAAGGAAGCCUACCUUUUCCGGGGUAAUAUAUUGCUUAGGAGCUUUGCAGUUGAUACAUUAUUUGAUGUGGAUGCAAUUGUUGCAAACGUUCUAUUUGUCUUGCUGUUCAAUGAAAUAAAGUAUGUAUCCUCAUCGGUGGAGCUCCAUGACAUUGAAAAUGAAAUGAAAGGACGAGGCGAUGUCAUUAUUACAUUUGUACGAGCAAUAGGCGUUCCAGAGCAUAGAGCCAUAAUGGAAACGGCUUUUGUUUACGGUGCCAAGUAUCAGUUCGUACUAACCACAGAACAAAGUGUUUUGGAGGACCUAGAGUUGGAGGAUUCAGAUAAACUUUCAGCAAGACUUUGGUUCUGUCAUUGCAAGAUGGUCUUAGGCAGAACUCAGCCCUGCAAGAGGUCCUUGUUUGAACAGCCGCUAACUACAGUUAAUAUACAUUCCUACCUGAAAGUGCUGGAGGCUCCGCUUGUGAUGGAAUUAUCUGUGGGACCAGAAGACGUUUCUACAGUUCAUAUGCAGUUAAAAAUGCCAGUUGUAUUUCUGUUUACACAAAGAGAGACAUAUGAACAAGACCGGCAAACUGCGGAAUCUGUAGCCUGGCAGCUACUCGGAAAAGCAGGAGUCGUUUUAGUACCAAGGGCCCAGCUGCAGUCUCGUGUGGCCAACGAUGUUACUGUAGGGCUCAGACCUGCUGGAGGAGAAUCAACCAUCAGCUAUUUAGUUAUAACAUCUGUUGAAGAAAUUAUUGAUCUCAUCAAAAGUGAAGGAAAAGAUGUACCAACCACACAAAACGAUAAUGAAGAGGAAAGUGAAGAACUGGAUUUCCGAGGUGUUCAGGAUGAUGAAGUAGCAGAAACUAUCUACCAAAACACAUGGAGAGAGCUUGACGUGGACUUAAUUCUAGCGCUAACAGACAAAAGUUUUCCUCGAAGUUUGCUGGAAACUUCCCAUGUUGUGGUGCUCUUCUAUACUGCUUGGGAUGCUGUAUCGAUGGUAUUUUUGAAAUCCUAUGUGGAGGUUUCUACCAGACUUGCAGAUCUCAAGGACCUUUUGAUGGCUCGUGUUAAUUGUGGAGAUUGGCCAGAGGUCUGCUCAACUGAGAAUGCCACACAGUUGCCUGCUGUAAAACUGUAUAGUCUGGGCAAAUACCCUUUAUUCUACACUGGAAUGUUGGGAGCACAAAGUCUGCUAGAAUUCAUUUUGCUGAGCAGAAUAGUUAAUCCUGUCCAGUUAACAACAACAGAAGAUGUUGAAGCCUUUCUAAAUGGAGAAUCGCAAGAUGAUCUCAAACCCUAUCAGCACCUUUCCGUUGUAGGAUUGUUCAAUCCAGAAAUGGAAAAAGAGAUCGAUGCCUUCACUGAAGCAGCUAAUACCCUGAGGGGCACUGUGAUCCCUGGAAGUUAUGUCGGAAAUGAUAAUCCAUAUCUCUCCCAGCAGUUUGGUGUGGCACCACCAGCUCUUGUGUUUGCGAGGCAAGAAAAGUCUCACUUAGGUGUUCAGCUUGAGGAAUCUAACACUGACGUUAUUGUAUCUGCAAUCAGAAGUUCCAUGUUGGAAACGUUUCCUGAACUCACAGUGGAAAAUCUCCCCUUCUACUUCCAACCACUGAAACCAUUGCUCAUUCUAUUUAUCGAUAAUGAUGACGGCAUAACCAUGAAAACCAAGGAAGAACUUGCAGAGUUUACCAAAUUAAGUAUGCAGAUUUAUAUCACAUGCUGGAUUGAUCUGCGAAAGACACAAGUUGGAAAAGAGAUCCUUCAAAUAUACUUGAACUACCUCCCGCAGCUACCAGCACUUAUCUUAGUGAAACUGAGCUCUGGAAGCCCUGUGUUUGCAUUUCCAGAAGAUCAGGUUAUUUCACGAGUGAAUGUGCUUUCCUGGUUAAAGAAGGUGCAGCUGGGACUGGAGCAACCCAACAAUGUGCUCCAGGAUAAGAAGUGGACACCGCCACAAGCUGCUUAUGACUUCCUGGCCAUGAUGGAUGCUGUACGUCCUGGAUUUGCAAAGCAGAGGACACCCGACUCUGCAAAGUGGGAUGAUGCCAAUGAGGGGGAAGGCGAGGCAGAGGUGACAAGCGGUGUUGAUGAGGCGAAGGAUCGCAUAGAAUCUGCUGCUGAGCCUGAAAGAGAGACCUUGCCUGAGACACUGAACAGACCUACAGUUCAGGACAACAAGAUGCAGCAGAAGGUUCACAGUGAACUCUGAUAUGAAAGCAGACUUUACCACGUAUCUCACGGCAUUAUCCAGCAUCAUUGUUCUUCCUGUCUGACAGAUAAUACAACAUGGCAAAGCAAUAAAUCACUACAAGAAGACAUUGGAUGAUAAACUUGAUUUAAACUUUUAGACUUUUAAACUUUGAGAAGAACUU